GACGGUUGCGACAGGAGCCGAGCGGUACGCGGCACUGGAGAGUGAGUGAGAGGUGCACUGUGGCACGCGGCUGGUAAAGGGCAGGAGUGAGCUGGGUGGUGUAGGUCAGCGGUCAGUGGCGGUCGGUGGCUGGGGCCCGGUGGUCGGUGGUCUCUGGUCAGUGCUAGCUAGGUGCUCAGUGGUCAUCGUUCAGCGAUCAGCGAUUAGCGCCCGGUGUUCGGUGGUUAGAACUGGCAAGAAGUCGGCGACUGGUAGUCAGCGCCCGGCGGUCGGUGAUCAGAGGUGCAAGAAGCUGUGUGGUCGGUGGUUGAUGGCUGGUGGUGUUGUUCAGUGAUCAGCAGUGAGCAGUCAAUAGUCAGUGGUAAGAAACAUUGUGGCGCUGGUAUCAGCUUCUCUGCCAACAUGUCCGAAGGCGAGGUAGCUCAGGUGGACAUAGCCGACGUUGACCCGCUACUGAAGGAACUGGAGACACUGGGAGCCCUCAGCGCCAAAAUCCGUUGUCUGCUCUUGCUACUCAAGAAUGGGGUCAACAAGAGUCGAUGUCAUAUCUUUGCUAUUCGCUCCGAAGACGGUAUCGCCGCGGUUGUCGUCACGGAGUCAGCCCCGGGAUUUCAAUCGCUGUCGGCGGUCACACCAAACACUGCCGAGGGUCACCGACAGAUGGCAGCACUGCUGCGCUGGCCGGCGCUGGCCGAGCUGCUGUGGGCCGUCCCGUUCCGUGCCGAUUUCGUGCCUCUUUGGCUGGGGCCGCUGCUGGCCUCGGCGGCUGCUGAGCAGGGAGCCCGCUGGUGGCAGGGGGUGACGAUGCAGCAGUUCUCGCAGAGCCCCGGCCAGCCGCUGGCGCAGAAAGAAGAGGAGUCCAGCCCGGGAAUCGUCCUUCGGCCUUUGGACGCAAACCACUUCGACAUCGUGAAGCACUACUGGCCGUACGCUGCGCGUGCGGCCGACGCCGAUGCCAUCAUCCGUGACGGGCUGUUGGCCGGCCUCUCCAUGGGAGCGUUCGUCGACGGCGACACGGCGACUUCGACGGGAGACGCGUCGACUCCGACGGGCGACGCGUCGACUCCGACAGACGACGCGUCGACUCCGACGGGCGACGGCCUGGUGUCGUGGUGCGUGCUGAACCACAACGGCAGCCUCGCAUUCAUGCACACGAUGGAGAGUCAUCGGAGGCAAGGUCUGGGCGGGUUGGUGCUGGGAGCGCUAACGCGACUGCUCCAGCAGCGGGGGUAUCCGUGUUCGGCGUCCACCGUUCUGGGACCCCAGUAUGGAACCAGGGCGCUGCAGCAGCUUGGUUAUACACUCGUGGGGGAUGUGCUGGUCGGCGGUGGUGGACCGGCCACCGAUUCAAAGUAGCACUGUCAGGAUCGUCAUUUAUGUCACAUUAACCCGGCCGGGCCCGGGGGGUAAUCCCAACCACCGCAGCCCGGGGGGGGGCGUUUUUCGCCCCCCCCUGUCUAACUCCGUAAAUAAGGGAGCUACGGAAACAAAAGCGAUACCAAACGAAAGGUCCUUACGAGACGAUUCUAAUGCACCCAAAAUUUUUGACCUCAGGUCAAUUUUCAAGGUCAGAGGUCAAGGUCAAAGGCCAAAACCGGCACAUGUGUAGUGAUCUCAAAGUAGGCAUUCUAGAGGACGGCAGGCUGCAUCAAACCGGCAAAAUUGGGUGUCAAACGAAAGAAGAGAAUCUGAGGAUUCUGAAAAUGUGCUCCAAAUCAAAGGUCAAGGUCAAGGUCACGCUCAAAAUUGACCUCAAACUUGGCACUUUUUCGCACAUCUUGCGUGCUAACUUCCAAGAUGUUUUGAAAUGUUUUGAGGCUUAUCAGUUCCCUAUUUGUGGUUCAUCUUACGAUACAAGGCUGCUCAAAGGUCAAGGUCACAGAAGAGUAUCCCUGCUAGAGGCUAUUUCACUGAUUCAAGUUAGUAAUAAUAAAUAAGACAAUUUUGCCAUCCGGAAGCUCUAAAUGAAGGCUUAGAGGAAAAUAGAUGCCAGAUUCGUGAUCAACGGGUACAAAUCCAUCAUAAACGACCUUUCAUGUGUCAAGGUCAACCAGAGGUCAUUCGAGGUCACAUGAGGUCAACAUGAAACUUGACCUUUUCCGAACAAAAUAUAUAUCAUUCGACGCGGCUUGACAAGGCGAAUGCGAUGGUACCACUGCCGUAGCUCUAGGACCAUUUUUGUCGAAGUUAUUUGCAAAAAACUAAAACCACAUUUCGGGGUCGUUGACCUGACCUCUGACCUCAGGUCACCGAAACUAUUUUUCUAAUUUUCUCUAGGUCAAACGCUACACAGCCGUUCUCGUAAUUUGUCUUUAUCUCUAAAACUCUAUUUUUAGCAGCUAUUUGAAGUUUGCGUCUGUGACGCCGAAGUUUGCCGUGCAGGGGUCUAGAAAAAUGGACCUUGUGACGUCAUCAAGGGGGCUAGGUCCAAAUUUUUUACUUCAGAAGAUGUCAAAUUGAUGGGAGAAAAGGUACUGAAAGUUUCGCCUUCCUAUCCCUAAGCGUUCGUGAGUUAUCGCAAAUAUUCGCCAGGGGGGGGGGGGCGAAAAACGCCCCCCCCCGGGCCCGCGAGGGUUAACAGGAAUGAAUAGUAUAUAGUUGUGCAGACAGUAACUUACCCCGGGGUAACUUUAAACGGGAUAACUGACGACUGAGGCUGUAACUGUCAGAGCGAUUGCUGCAGUCACUGUCCCACGUCACACAGUCACAGUGACCAUGCGGCAGUCACUGUCACAGAUGGCGGCCACAGUGACUCGACCAAAGGAACAGGGUAGAUGCUUCUAAUAGCGUAGAACAAAAAUAAAACGGGUAGGUACCUAUAUGUAUUCGAAAAGG